AUGAUUCCCCGGCCGGGCGUGCCGAUUGAGGAUUGGAUGGUUGGGCUAACGACCUGUGUCGACGAAUGUGUGAACAUCAUUCGGGCCCACGCAGUGCCGUCAGACAAUGGUGCAGAUCGCGUGCCGCCGCUCAUGUUGUCGAGGUGCAUGCGCGGCGGCAAGACGACUUUGUUGGCACACCUCUUUGAUAAGGUGAAAGAUAUUGAAAACUACUGUCCAAUCUUCAUAAGUUUCAACGGCUUCUCUGGAAUCCAGCCACGGUCCGGCGAAAGCCGGUUAGAAACACUUCUGCGAGCCAUUGCAGUCACUUUGCUGCAGCCGUCUGCAUCCACUGAUACCCAGAGUGUUUCUUGCGACGAGGGCACAUUAACAGACUAUCUCGACGGGCAGAAAGGUGUCAUCGUGUUGAUGAUCGACGAGCUCAACCUCCUGUUGCCAAAAGGAACGCAAGAUGACAAAGUGGCCUGCUUUCUCCGGAGCGUCUUCCUAAGUCCGGCAAACAGAUACUUAGUCUUUACUACGCACGAGCCGAUUGGAGAUCAGGUGGCAGAAUACACGGGAAAACCAGGUAGUAUCUCCCCAAGAGGUGUGACGACAGCAGCCAUGCCUAUGUCACUAAAUGUGACGCAACAGCGUCGCAUUCCUGGCUGCGAGACACUCGCUCUAGGUGAGGUUCUCUACUUUUCAGGUAUUCCUUCCUUGCUCCGCUGUUUCAAGAAUCGUUACGACUUCCGAGCUAGGUUCCAACAGCUCUGCAAGCCUCCGGCAACACCACUCCUCUUACGAAGCUUCGUACGACAGUUUCUGGAAGGAGACGCACAGGAGGAUGAUUCUAUACGGACCUUUGAUCGCCUCACCACGUUGUCGAAGGGGGGGGUGAUUAAAUGGGUUCUAUGCUAUGCAGCACAGAUGUGCUUCUAUUUGCAGAAGCUGAAGCUGGGCCAGUGGUUCAACAUGCUUGAGAUGGCGUCGUCCGAAGAUGGGUCUGGCAAAGCUUGGGAAAUUCUAAUCGCAUUGGCCGUUUCGUUCCGCUGCUUGGAAUCGAUGAUUUCUGGUGAGCAGGGAGAUCCUCUACUUGGCCUACCACCCACACCAGGCAUACGAGAAUGCUAUUUUGCUGAUGUGCCAGCCGAAUUCCGCACGCUUGAUGUUGCACUGCAGUGGUGGAGGCGCCAAAGAAAGCCUGCAGACUUCCCCUUUGCGCUAGUCCUGCGUCCAUUAUGCCCAACAUUUCAGGUCUUCGACUGCAUCCUCGUUUACCAGGAAGCGGCCUCCAGUUGCCCGCACAUCCGAGGUUUCCAACAGAAAGCUGGGGAUGCCUACCCCGAUCAAGCCGCCCCCACGUUCGUCUCAGGUGUGGGGCCUGUCUCAGCCGUGUGGAUGCAAGGCAAAGCCCCGGAAACAAGGCUCAAUCCACAGAACAGAGGUUGGACGAUGCCAAGCGCAAAGGACAUUUCUAGAUUGCUGGGCACAUCUUUGCGGGAUCUCUUUCCGAGAGCAAGCCUUGACACAUGA